AUGUCUUCUCCCCUCAAACGGAUCCUCAUAAUCGGCGCCUCCGGAAACCUAGGCAGUCUGAUCCUGCACCACCUUUCCUCCUCACCCUUUGAGUUUACCAUCAUCGUCCUCUCAAGAGCAUCAUCUACCGCCCAAUUUCCAGCGGGGAUCCAAGUCCGCCGCGUCUCCGACGACUAUCCUCUGGCAGAACUAAUCGAGGCAUUUCGGGACAUCGACGCCGUGAUAUCUUCUAUUUCCAUGGCCGGAAUGCACCACCAAUACAAAUUCAUUGACGCGGCGAUCGCGGCCGGAGUACGACGGUAUUUUCCCACAGAGUUUGGUCUCGAUGAUCUGCCGGACUGGUUGAUUGAGUUGAGGCCGAUGUUUCGGAUUAAGCAUGAUGUGAGGGAUUAUCUUGUUGCGAAACAGAAGACGGCGGAGUCGACGAAGUCGACGGAGCCGUCAGCGUCUGCGGCUUUAGAAUACACCUUGAUCGUAUGCAACGUCUUCUUCGAAAUGGGAGUCCUAUCCGGCUUUUUCGGGCUCGACUGGUCCACCAAAACAGCCACGUUGAUUGAUGGCGGAACAACAAAAUGGGUGGCCACGACGCUCGACACGGUCGCGAUCGCUGUGGUUCGCGCUCUCGAAAGACCAGAGGCCACAAAAAACAAGUUGUUGCUUGUCCAGGAUUUUCGGACGAGUCAGCGCGAGAUAUUGGAUGGUGUGGAGAAACGAACGGGAACGAAAUGGAAAGUUAGAAAUGUCGAGUAUGGGCCGUGGCUGGAGGAGGCAAAGGAGCUGGUUAGAAAAGGUGAGGACUUACAGAGGGCGUUGCCCAUGUUGACUUUUGCUACUGUUGUUACGGGGAGUGAGUGGGAGGGGAAAAGACCAGAGUUUGCGAAUGGAAUUUUGGAUUUGAAGCCGAAGUCGUUUGAUGAGGCUUUGGAUGGUGCGCUCAAGGGGGUUGUUUGA